GUUGUGUUAUUAUGGCACGUGUAUUUUGAUCAAAUGUCGUCCGAGAUUAGAAUUUAUGUCAUUUAAUUCAAAUUAUGCACAACGAUCAAAAUGGCUGGACAUUCGUUUUCAAAUUCUAAAAAACAUGUUCAAACAACUGCCAAAACUGAUCCUGUCAUUUUUGGCAUCAACAGUAGCAAUUCGACUGUUAGUUUAAUGAAAAUUGUUAUCUUGGUCAUAUCGGCUUCAUUGGCGUUUUUUGUGCGAUUAUUUUCCGUAUUGCGUUUUGAAAGUGUUAUACAUGAAUUUGAUCCUUAUUUUAAUUAUCGUACAACAAGAUAUCUGGCCGAAAAUGGUUUCUAUAGCUUUCAUAAUUGGUUUGAUGAUCGAGCCUGGUAUCCAUUGGGUCGUAUUAUUGGUGGUACCAUAUACCCAGGAUUAAUGGUUACAUCGGCUGUUCUAUUUAAUUUGCUUCAAAUGUUGAGUUUUCCUGUUGACAUUAAAGAUGUUUGCGUAUUUUUAGCUCCAUUAUUUUCAUCACUUACGACAAUCAUAACAUAUGCUUUAACUAAGGAAUUAUCGAAUGAAGCAUCCGGAUUGGUGGCCGCAGCGAUGAUAUCGAUUGUACCUGGUUAUAUUUCUCGUUCAGUUGCCGGAUCAUAUGAUAAUGAAGGAAUAGCAAUAUUCUGUAUGCUAUUCACUUAUUAUUUGUGGAUUAAAGCAGUAAAAACUGGAUCAAUAUUCUGGUCUUGCCUGUGUUCAUUAGCUUAUUUUUAUAUGGUUUCAUCAUGGGGUGGUUAUGUAUUCCUUAUCAAUCUUAUUCCGUUACAUGUUUUUACAUUAAUGAUUACUGGUCGUUUUAGCAAACGUGUUUAUGUUGCCUAUUCCACGACGUAUUGCAUAGGAACAUUGUUAUCGAUGCAGAUACCGUUUGUUGGAUUUCAACCGGUUCAAUCUAGUGAACAUAUGGCAGCUUUUGGUGUUUUCGGUCUUUGUCAACUUUAUGCUUUCAAUUCGUUUAUUCGUCAAAAACUUUCACAAGAAUAUUAUAGCAUUCUAUUUCGAUCAUUAGUUUUAUUCAUCGGUAUUAUUUCAUUGGCUACUAUUGUUAUAUUGACAAUUAUUGGAAAAAUAUCACCAUGGACUGGCCGUUUUUAUUCAUUAUUGGAUCCAUCAUAUGCCAAAAAUAAUAUUCCAAUUAUUGCAUCCGUUUCCGAACAUCAGCCAACAUCAUGGUCAUCAUUUUAUUUUGAUCUACAGAUUCUUGUAUUUUUAUUUCCCGUUGGAUUAUAUUUUUGUUUCAAAAAUCUUACUGAUUAUAAUAUAUUUAUCAUACUGUAUGGUGUUACUAGUAUUUAUUUUGCUGGUGUUAUGGUUCGAUUAAUGUUAGUAUUGGCACCGGUCAUGUGUAUUCUAUCUGGAAUUGGCAUAUCCAAAUUACUUAGCAUUUAUUGCGGACAUUUGGAUUUGACAACAGGCCAGUCAUCAUCAUUAACAACCCAUCAACAUCAAUCAGAGCGUAAACAAAAACGAAUCGAAAAUAAUUUCGUAAUGAAAAAAGAAGUGGCCACAGUUUUUGUAUUCAUAGCGACUGGUAUGCUUUUAUCGUAUGGUUAUCAUUGUAUAUGGGUUACAUCCGAAGCAUAUAGUUCGCCAUCAAUUGUAUUAUCCGCACGUACGCAUGAUGGGAGUCGAAUUAUAUUCGAUGAUUUUCGUGAAGCAUAUUAUUGGUUAAGAAUGAACACUCCGGAAGAUGCAAAAAUCAUGUCCUGGUGGGAUUAUGGUUAUCAGAUAACAGCGAUGGCUAAUCGUACAAUACUUGUGGAUAAUAAUACCUGGAAUAAUACACAUAUUUCACGUGUAGGUCAAGCAAUGGCAUCGGAUGAACAACAUGCAUAUGAAAUAAUGAAAGAAUUAGAUGUUGAUUAUGUAUUAAUCAUAUUUGGGGGCCUGACUGGAUAUUCAUCCGAUGAUAUUAAUAAAUUCUUAUGGAUGGUACGUAUCGGUGGCUCAACUGAUCGUGGUCGGCACAUAAAAGAACAAGAUUAUUAUACGAGUAGUGGUGAAUUUCGUAUAGAUAAAGAAGGAUCAAAAACUUUAUUGAAUUGCCUAAUGUACAAAAUGUCUUAUUAUCGUUUCGGAUCAGUAUAUACGGAAGGUGGUAAACCACCUGGAUAUGAUCGUGUACGUAGUGUUGAAAUCGGUAAUAAAGAUUUUGAAUUGACCACGUUGGAAGAAGCUUAUACCACUGAACAUUGGUUGGUACGAAUUUAUAAGGUGAAAAAGAUGCCUAAUCGUGGUUGAUGAGCUUUCCUUUUUUGAUAUAAAAAAUUUUAAUGUUUUCGGAAUUUUUUUUUUUGAUUGUAAAUAGUGAGAAUUUACUUAUCUCCUGUCAGCUUUGAUUAAUAAAAUUUAUUUUAUUUUUUCAACCAUUA